CACUACGCAUGCGUACAAUAUUCGCUUCACACUGGCGAACAUGGCGGCGUCCCUGAUUUGUGGCCGAUUGUCGGUUAGCUUGAGAAAUUCUGGGGCUAGAUCAACACUUACUACUGCCUCCAAGGUGCUGGGUGGUUCCUCCGGCCUGCUUGGGUCUCAUGGGGCUCAGCAGCAGCCCCCCCACCGGCAGCAGCAGCAGAGGAACCUCUCCCUGCAUGAGUACAUGAGCAUAGGCCUGCUCAAAGAGGCUGGCAUCUGUGUGCCUGAGGGCAAGGUGGCCAGCUCGCCUGACGAAGCCUACUUGGUUGCCAAGGAGAUUGGCACCAAGGAUCUGGUGGUGAAGGCCCAGGUGUUGGCCGGAGGCCGCGGGAAAGGCACAUUUGAGGGAGGGCUAAAGGGUGGUGUGAAGAUUGUUUAUUCUCCAGAGGAGGCCCGGGACAUCUCCUCUCAGAUGAUUGGUCGUAAGCUGUACACCAAGCAGACGGGCGAGCAGGGGCGCAUCUGUAACCAGGUCUUCAUCUGUGAGCGCAGGUACCCUCGCAGAGAGUACUACUUUGCCAUCACCAUGGAGAGAUCCUACCAGGGCCCUGUGUUGAUUGGCAGCUCUCAGGGGGGCGUAAACAUCGAGGAUGUGGCAGCGGAGAAUCCCGAUGCCAUCGUGAAGGAGCCAGUGGACAUUAUUGAAGGAAUCAAGCUGGAUCAAGCUGUUUCGAUUGCCACAAAAAUGGGCUUCCCUGCUGCUCUGAUCGAUGACGCCGCGGCUAACAUUAUCAAGCUGUAUGAUCUCUUCAUGAAGUAUGAUGCCUCCAUGCUGGAGAUCAACCCCAUGGUGGAGGAUGCCUCUGGCCAGGUGAUGUGCAUGGACGCCAAAAUCAACUUUGACUCGAACGCGGCUUACCGUCAGAAGAAGGUGUUUGACAUGCGAGACUGGACCCAGGAGGACCCCAGGGACAGACAGGCAGCUAAGGCUGACCUCAACUACAUUGGUCUGGACGGGUCCAUUGGCUGUCUGGUGAAUGGUGCUGGUCUAGCCAUGGCCACCAUGGACAUCAUUAAGCUGCAUGGAGGCACACCCGCCAACUUCCUGGAUGUGGGAGGCGGUGCCACAGCCCACCAGGUGAUGGAGGCCUUCAAACUAAUCACCUCGGACAGGAAGGUGCAGGCCAUCCUGGUGAACAUCUUUGGUGGCAUUAUGAGGUGUGAUAUCAUUGCUCAAGGCAUCAUAAUGGCUGUUACAGACCUGGACCUGAAGAUCCCCAUUGUGGUGCGGUUACAGGGAUCCAGAGUGGACGAUGCCAAAGCUCUGAUCGCUGCUAGCCCACUGAAGCUCCUUGCCUGUGACGAUUUGGACGAAGCCGCUCGAAUGGUUGUGAAGCUUUCUGAGAUUGUGUCACUUGCUCAAGAGGCUCACGUAGACAUCUCCUUCACGCUGCCACUCUAAACCACGCCCCUUGAACCUGCGACCCCAUUGGAACCCAGACGACCCACCCCUGGAACUGCAAGAAGAGCCUCUCACUACUGAGAGAAUACCCCAAUACCACACCCUUUCCUGAACCCUUUCUAUUAGCUUAGUUUCUCUCACAGAUGGUGGCCAGGCUCCAAACUAUAUAUGCCCCCCCCCCCCCCCCCCCCAUCUCUACUCUGGUUCCGUUAUGAUUUGUUAUGUGAGCCAGGGAUUCUUAGUGUGGCUUGUCUAUUUACGUAAUGCGCACACACGCACACACACACACACACACUUAUCAGGUCAGACACAGGCGUUCCUGUAUAUGACUCCAGUCUUAUUAGCUCUGUCAUGUUGUUCUCUCUGUGAGAGGAGUGAAUGACUUCUAGUUACUACUUCACCAUUCUGCCCACCUCCCUUUCUUAGAAUACACCCCUCAACAGGCAAACGCCCGGCCUUUUUUGGGAAAGAGAUGGUGGUCUUUUUAUCUACUGGCACAUCACUUGGGUUCUCUUUGACAGUACAGCUAAUUCCCAUAGGUUCCAUUCUCCUGAGUUAGAGUUACUGUUGGAUAGAGGGUCAAGGUUGAUCAUAGUCCGUAUACAGGAGUGCCUCUUACUGUACUUUGGGGUCUGAGAAUGGACAUUAGGGGAAAGAAGAUGGGACGGGGGUGUACGUGGAGUUUCUCGCUGUAAUAACUGAUGGGUUGCGACAAUGGUUCAAAGCAUGGGGAAGAAAUGUGUGUAGAAAAUAGUAGAGGGAUUGAAUGUAACUGUUUGGAGCAGGCUACUGGUUGGGUCAUAUAAUCUCCAUAUCAAUUUGAAUGAACAGCUUAAUGUUCUCUCUCAAUGGACUCAGGGGAGACUUAAUAGCUGGAUAAAAGCAUUGUGGUGCUCUCCUUGGCUCCUGAAUUAGUACGAAGUGUGUGUGCAUUUUAAACUACUGCCUGUCUGAUUGACUGCAUGUUUGUGUUUGUCUCUCCUGUAUAAGAGCCUGCAACAUUUCUCCUGUAGUCUGCUACAAUGUGACACCCAAGCUCAGUCAGUUCGUACUUUAGACAGCCCAUAUGGGGGUGAGUAGUGUCAUCUUAACUGAACUGCUUAAAGUCUGGAGUUAAAAUCUUCUCUGUAAAUCUCCAGGAGCCCUUCCCACUCUGUUACUCCCAAGCCCUCAGAACACAGACACACACAUUGUGAGUUGUAAGACAUUUAUUAUAUAUUGUAAAUAACCAGACCACUGUUCUCUUCUGUAAGAUAUAUAUGCUUCUACUGGGGAGUAAAAAAAAUAAAUACAGAGAAAACACUU